GUUGUAUGUUUGCUUGAUUGACAGGUGUGUAUGCCCCUGGGUCUUCAUAGACUAUUUCCUGACAAUAACCUGCAACUCAUGGUGCAGUCUGGUGCCAAAGGUUCAACUGUUAAUACGAUGCAGAUUUCAUGCCUCCUUGGUCAGAUUGAACUAGAAGGAAAACGUCCUCCGCUGAUGCCAUCUGGGAAAUCAUUGCCCUGUUUCCAACCUUAUGAUUUCACUCCACGUUCAGGCGGCUUUGUUACUGGCCGAUUCCUCACUGGUAUCAGCCCUCCGGAAUUUUUUUUUCACUGUAUGGCUGGCAGGGAAGGUCUGGUGGACACAGCUGUAAAGACCAGCCGUUCUGGAUAUCUUCAAAGGUGCAUUAUAAAACAUUUGGAAGGGCUGGUGGUGCAAUAUGACCUGACAGUACGAGAUAGCGAUGGCAGUGUUAUACAGUUCUUAUACGGUGAAGAUGGUUUAGAUAUUCCAAGAACCCAGUUCCUUCAGCCGGGGCAGUUUCCCUUUAUUGCUGCUAACUAUGAGGGGAUUAAAAAGUCGAAGCACUUGGAAGAGGUUUUAAGCAAACUGGAUUCACAGGCUGCAAGCAAGUGGCAAAAAGCAAUAAAGAAAUGGAAGGCAAAGCACCCAGAAGCUGUCUCUCGUCUAAGUGCAUUCCUGCUCUAUUCACAGAAGAAGUGGAAUAAGAUCAAGAAUAUAAACCGAGAUGGAGAAUGGGUAAAUUCCAGAGAUCCUGCAACUCAACAAUUGCUAGAGACUUGGAAGUCGCUGGAUGAAAAGAGCAAGUCUAAAUAUUUGAAGAAGUCUGCUCGCUGUCCUGACCCUUGUUUUUCAGUUUAUCGGCCAGACAUUUAUUUUGGCUCCGUUUCGGAAAAUUUCAGCGAUACUGUGGAUAGAUACUUCACUGAUCAGGAGGGCAAAGAAGUCAGUAGCUACGGCAAGUUGGACCUCCCACUGGAUCGUUUAAAGGAGCUGUUGUAUCUCAAGUGGCAACGAGCUCUAUGUGAGCCAGGAGAGGCCGUAGGGCUCCUUGCUGCACAAAGUAUUGGAGAACCAUCAACACAGAUGACACUGAACACUUUCCAUUUUGCUGGCCGAGGAGAGAUGAAUGUCACAUUGGGUAUCCCCAGGUUGCGUGAAAUUCUCAUGGUGGCGAGUGCUAACAUUAAAACUCCAAUGAUGAGCAUUCCUGUUUUGAACUCAAAGAAAGCAUUGAAGAAGGUUAAAAAACUGAAAAAGCAGCUCGCAAGGGUGUGUUUGUCAGAG